UUUUAUAACGCCCAAUUCGGGUUCAAAGAGUCCCCAUCUGAGAUUUGAGAUCGAAGUCUCUAAAGCAGAGAUACGUACAGUCUGCGACUCUGCAUCCAAACGUGCAGGUUUGGUUUAGUUUGGCCAAAAUAAGAUGGGAGGUGGAUUUAGGGUGCUUCAUCUUGUUCGACCGUUUCUUUCAUUUCUGCCUGAAGUGCAGAGUGCUGACAGGAAAGUUCCAUUUAGAGAGAAGGUUAUAUAUACCGUGAUAUCUCUUUUCAUUUUUCUGGUAUGCAGUCAGCUCCCUCUGUAUGGCAUACACUCUACAACAGGUGCCGAUCCAUUCUAUUGGAUGCGUGUUAUUCUUGCCUCAAAUCGUGGGACAGUCAUGGAGCUUGGGAUCACUCCAAUUGUGACAUCUGGACUGGUAAUGCAACUAUUGGCUGGAUCAAAAAUAAUUGAAGUGGACAAUAACGUACGCGAGGAUCGUGCCCUCCUAAAUGGUGCACAGAAGUUACUCGGCAUCUUAAUAGCUAUCGGUGAGGCAGUUGCAUAUGUUCUCUCAGGGAUGUAUGGUAGUGUCAGCCAACUUGGAGUAGGAAAUGCGAUUCUUAUCAUUAUUCAACUCUGCUUUGCUGGUAUCAUUGUCAUAUGCUUGGAUGAACUUCUUCAGAAAGGAUAUGGUCUAGGCUCAGGAAUUUCCCUUUUCAUAGCAACCAACAUUUGUGAAAACAUAAUUUGGAAAGCGUUUAGUCCCACAACAAUUAACAGUGGGCGUGGGGCUGAGUUUGAAGGUGCUGUUAUUGCUUUAUUCCAUCUGCUGAUUACUCGAACAGAUAAGGUUCGUGCGCUUCGUGAGGCAUUCUACCGGCAGAACCUUCCAAACGUGACAAAUUUGCUUGCCACAGUCUUGGUCUUUCUUAUUGUUAUCUACUUCCAAGGAUUCCGUGUGGUCUUGCCUGUGAGGUCAAAGAAUGCCCGUGGACAACAGGGCUCAUAUCCAAUCAAGCUGUUCUACACCUCUAAUAUGCCCAUUAUUCUACAGUCUGCACUUGUAUCCAAUCUUUAUUUCAUCUCCCAGUUGUUGUAUAGGAGGUACAGUGGAAAUUUUCUAGUGAAUCUCUUGGGCAAGUGGAAGGAAUCUGAAUAUUCUGGUCAAUCUGUCCCUGUUGGUGGUAUUGCAUAUUAUAUAACUGCACCAUCUAGCUUGGCAGAUAUGGCAGCCAAUCCUUUCCAUGCACUAUUUUAUAUUGUGUUUAUGUUGUCAGCAUGUGCUUUGUUCUCAAAAACUUGGAUUGAAGUAUCUGGAUCCUCAGCUAAAGAUGUGGCUAAGCAGCUCAAGGAACAACAAAUGGUGAUGCCUGGGCAUCGAGAAUCAAAUUUACAGAAAGAGCUGAACCGUUACAUUCCUACUGCGGCAGCCUUUGGGGGCAUGUGUAUCGGUGCUCUGACAGUGUUGGCAGAUUUCAUGGGGGCAAUUGGUUCAGGGACAGGGAUUCUGCUUGCAGUUACCAUCAUAUAUCAGUACUUUGAGACAUUUGAGAAGGAAAAAGCCAGUGAGCUUGGUUUCUUUGGUUUCUAAGUUUUUGUAUACUGUUUCCUGCACAAUGGUUGGUGGUGCCCAUGAGCUCCCCAGCAAUUUUGGUGAGCUGAGAGAAGUAGAUUCUCACUUCAACACGAAUGUUCAAACUUAAGAUUUUAGAGUGGUUUAUAAUUACUCUUUGUUGGUGAGUUUGAUGCGAUGAGAUUAUGGAGACAGAUGUGCUUCAUCUAAAAUGCGAUGCUUGCUUCAUGUUUUUUCCA